AUGCCCGCCAAGAUCCCCUUCCUCUCGGCCUCCGAGUCGCUGCAACAGCAAAUGGCCGAGUCCAAGUCCUACACACGCAUCUCGGCUCAAAUCUACGUCUUCCUUCUCAUCAUUACCAUCGGCUUGCUGCGAAAGUACAUUUUCCCUUCUUCGGCCUCGAAAGCUGACCGGACCUAUGGCGGCGUCUCUGCGUCCACAGCGCCAGGGGCAAAGGAUGAGACGCUGGGCGAGGUAGCCGAGAUCUACAUCUACCCGAUCAAAUCGUGUGCAGGUGUGUCCGUCAGGGACGCGAGCCUGACGGGGCAGGGAUUUGAUCUGGAUCGGCGGUGGAUGGUCGUCCGCACGAGCAAAGAUGCGAAGCUAGAAAAGAUCAGUCUGCGUGAAGAACCGCGACUCACCCUCAUCCAGCCGGUCAUCGAUUCUCCCUCCAACACGCUCAAGCUUCGUCUCACGGCUAUCGCCCACAAGCAAGCAAAGGGCAUCGACAUGGGUGAGACGGAAACGCCCCUUCGCCCGACCGCAACGGAGCUGUCCACAUGGGGCGAAGUGCCAGCGAUCUCGAUGUAUGGCGACUUCGCGGAUGGUCGCGUGGCCGCGCUCCCCUCAGGCAGCAUGCGCAAGCUUAGCCCGAGCGAGUGGAUCAGUGACUUCCUCGGCUAUCCGGUGCUGCUGGUUCAUUUUGAUACCACCUCGUCCACCGCCAGGAACGCCUUUCCGAUCUUCAAGCCGCCUUCCGACGCAGGAGCCUGGUCGACAAACGAUCGUGAGGAGUUGCAUCGCAAGCGCGGGAUUGAGUUCCAGGACGAGUACCCGCUGCUCGUCGCUUCGCAGGAGUCGUUGACUUUCGUGCGGGAACAGCUGAGCGUGGCGAUGGACUCGGCAGACGGAGGGGACGGGAGAGGUGGGAGGACUAUUACGGGGAUUGAUGCGGACAAGUGGUCAGAUCCUGCGACGCUGUCCAUGGCGCGAUUCAGGCCGAAUGUGGUUGUCAAGGGCAAUGUGGAGAACCCAAUAGGCGCUUUCAGCGAGGACUCUUGGGAGCGACUGUGGGUCCUCCCUGCCGGCUCAGCAGCAUCAGACGACGGGGAGGAAGUGACAAAGGCAAUGCUGCAGCUGGUCGCACGGUGUCAGCGCUGCCUGCUCACAGCGGUGGACCCAAUCACUGCCGAGAAGGACCCAAGUGUCCCGCUCAAGCUGCUCAAUCGGAGCAGGAUGCGAGUCAAGAAGACGGCGGGGAUCGAGGGUGGGAACGGUAGAGCUGGACCUUGCUUCGGCAUGUAUGCGAUACCUCUGCCGCUCAGCAGCGGCGAGAGUGGAGAGUCGUACGGAGAGCUCAAGGUCGGCGAUGGGAUAAGAGUAAGAUGGCGACCUUACGAGUUGGAUGACGAGCCUAACCGAAAGUGA